CGGCUAGCCGCGGGGCCGGCGCGGAUGGCGGGCGGCGCGGGCUGGGCGGGCGCCCCCGCGGCUCUGCUGCGCUCCGUGCGCCGCCUGCGCGAGGUGUUCGAGGUGUGCGGCCGCGACCCCGACGGCUUCCUGCGCGUGGAGCGCGUCGCGGCGCUCGGACUGCGCUUCGGCCAGGGCGAGGAGGUAGAAAAACUUGUGAAAUAUCUGGACCCCAACGACCUGGGGAGAAUCAACUUCAAAGACUUCUGCCGAGGAGUGUUCGCCAUGAAAGGGUGCGAGGAGCUGCUGAAGGACGUGCUGUCCGUGGAGAGCGCGGGGACGCUGCCGUGUGCACCAGAGAUCCCAGACUGUGCGGAGCAGGGCAGUGAGGUGGCGGGCCCCACGUAUGCUGAUGGCGAGCUCAUCCCCGGGGAGCCCGGCUUCUUUCCCCAGGACGAGGAGGAGGCUAUGACGCUGGCCCCGCCCGAGGGGCCCCAGGAAUCAGACAUGGACAGCCCCACAGAGAGCGCCCAGAGCCUGGAGGGCUCCGUCGGGAGUCCUGCCGAGGAGAAGGACGGGGGGCUCGGGGCCCUGUUUCUGCCAGAGGACAAGUCGCUGGGCCACACGCCCUCCAUGACGACGUCGGACCUCUCCACACACUCCACUGCCUCGCUCAUCAGCAACGAGGAGCAGUUUGAGGACUACGGGGAGGGGGACGACGGGGACUGCGCCCCCAGCAGCCCCUGCCCUGACGAUGAGACCAGGACCAACGUCUACUCGGACCUGGGGUCCUCGGUGUCCUCCAGUGCGGGCCAGACGCCCAGGAAAAUGCGGCACGCCUACAACAGCGGGUUGCUGGACGUGUACUGCUCUCAGUGCCGCAAGAAAAUCAACCUGCUGAGCGACCUGGAAGCCCGGCUGAAAACCCUGAAGGCCAACAGCCCCAACCGAAAGAUCUCCAGCACGGCCUUCGGACGGCAGCUCAUGCACAACAGCAACUUCAGCAGCAGUAACGGCAGCACGGAGGACCUGUUUCGGGACAGCAUCGACUCCUGUGACAAUGACAUCACAGAGAAGGUGAGCUUCCUGGAAAAAAAGGUGACAGAGCUGGAGAAUGACAGCCUGACCAACGGGGACCUGAAGAGCAAGCUGAAGCAGGAGAACACGCAGCUGGUGCACAGGGUGCACGAGCUGGAGGAGAUGGUGAAGGAUCAGGAGACCACGGCCGAGCAGACGCUGGAGGAGGAGGCGCGGCGGCACCGGGAGGCCUACAGCAAGCUGGAGCGGGAGAAGACCACCGAGGUGGAGCUGCUCAACGCCAGGGUGCAGCAGUUGGAGGAAGAAAAUACAGAACUUAGGACGACAGUGACUCGGCUAAAGUCUCAAACAGAGAAACUAGACGAGGAGCGGCAGCGCAUGUCCGACCGGCUGGAGGACACCAGCCUGCGGCUCAAGGACGAGAUGGACCUGUACAAGCGCAUGAUGGACAAGCUCCGUCAGAACCGCCUCGAGUUCCAGAAGGAGCGGGAGGCGACGCAGGAGCUCAUCGAGGACCUGCGGAAGGAGCUGGAGCACCUGCAGAUGUACAAGCUGGACUGCGAGCGGCCGGGCCGGGGCCGCAGCGCGUCUGGCCUGGGCGAGUUCAACGCCAGGGCCCGCGAGGUGGAGCUGGAGCACGAGGUCAAGCGGCUCAAGCAGGAGAAUCAUAAGCUGCGGGAUCAGAACGACGACUUGAACGGGCAGAUCCUGAGCCUCAGCCUCUAUGAAGCAAAGAACCUCUUUGCCACCCAGACCAAAGCCCAGUCCCUGGCUGCGGAAAUAGACACGGCCUCACGCGACGAGCUAAUGGAAGCCCUGAAGGAGCAGGAGGAGAUCAACUUCCGGCUGAGGCAGUACAUGGACAAGAUUAUCCUCGCCAUCCUGGACCACAACCCCUCCAUCCUGGAGAUCAAGCACUGAGACAUGGGCGCUGGCUGCAGAGCAGCCUCAGGACCCUGGGACCGAGGGGCAGACCCUGCCCGAGGAUGCAGGCCCAGGCCGGGCCUCACACUCACACUGUAAAUGUAUCUCUGGCCACCGUG